UCAAAUAACAACACGCAGAAUCUCCUGGAUUUCUCAGAGUUAUCAUGGGGUCCUCACAAAAUGAAGAACCUGCCAUGCCACCGCCACCCGUGAUACAGAAAGCUUCAGAUGAUACGAUAAAGAUAAUGCUUGCCACAGACACCCAUAUAGGCUAUUUAGAGCGAGACCCAAUACGUGGUCAAGACUCAAUCAAUACCUUCCGCGAGAUUUUGCAGUUAGCAGUCAAACAUGAUGUUGACUUCAUCCUACUUGCAGGUGAUCUGUUUCACGAGAACAGACCAUCUCGCGAUUGCCUAUACCAGGUGAUGGCACUCCUGCGCGAGUAUACGCUCGGUGACCGGCCAAUACAAAUCGAGCUGCUGAGCGAUCCGAAUGACGGCAAAGCCGCUGGGUACUCCUUCCCAGCUGUCAAUUAUGAGGACCCCAACUUCAAUGUCGGCAUUCCUGUCUUCUCGAUACAUGGAAAUCACGAUGACCCACAAGGUGCUGGCCCGGAAGGUGCACUCUCGGCUCUCGACAUGCUCUCAGUGAGCGGGCUUAUCAACUACAUGGGCCGCAUCGAUCUGCCGCUGAACGAUGCUGAGGCGCAAAAUAGCGGAAUCGCCAUCCGGCCCGUACUGCUGCGAAAGGGAAAUACACGCCUCGGAUUGUACGGCGUGGGCAACGUCAAGGAUCAGCGGAUGCACUUCGAGCUACGGAGCAACCGCGUGCGAAUGUUCAUGCCGCGCGACAAGGACGAUUGGUUCAAUAUCUUGCUGCUGCAUCAGAAUCGAGUCCCGCAUGGACCACAACAGUCCGUCCCUGAGGGAAUGUUUGAUGAUAGCAUUGAUUUGGUCGUGUGGGGGCACGAACACGACUGUCGCAUCCUCCCGGAGCCAGUAGCCGGAAAGAAAUACUUCAUCACUCAGCCAGGGUCGUCGGUAGCCACAUCUCUUGCAGACGGAGAAUCUAUUGAGAAGCAUGUUGCCCUACUGAAUAUCCAGGGCAAGGAAUUUGAACUUACUCCUAUCCCUCUACGGACCGUGCGGCCAUUCGUGCUCGACGAAGUCGUCCUCACCGAAGUAGCAGAAGAAGAGGGUUUCGAUCUCGGCGAUAGGAUGGCGAUCACAAAGUUUCUGAAGAAGAGGGUGAACGAGCUUAUUGAGAAGGCAAACGCGCUCUGGGACGAGCGCAACCAGCGCGCCGUUGACGAGGGCGAAGAAGCGCUACCGCGAAUGCUGCCCAUCGUCCGCUUGAAAGUGGACACCACGGGCGUGAGCGAGAUGUCGAAUCCGGUGCGCUUCGGGCAGGAGUUCCAGGGGCGCCUCGCGAACCCGCGCGACGUGCUCGUCUUUCACCGCGCCCGCGCGACCGCCAAGCGCGGCGCAAAGAUCACCGUCGAGCAGCCUGAACUGAGCAUCGAUGACCCGGACCUGUCGACAUCGGAGAAGCUGUCCAAGGUGCGCGUGCAGACGCUAGUGCGGGAGUACCUCGCUGCGCAGGAGCUGCAGCUGCUGGGCGAGGCGGGGAUGUCAGACGCGAUCGAGACGUUUGUGGAUAAAGAUGAUAUCCAUGCGAUACAGAAUCAUGUCAGCGUUGCGCUUAGGUCGUUAUUGAAAGGUAUACAAGCCAAUGGCAAGAACGUCGAAAAUGAUGACGACCUCGAUGCCCUUGUCGAUGAAGUCAAGGAGAAGCAGGACAAAGAGUACAUCGAGAAGCGCAAGCAAGGCAAGUCCUCAAAGUCGAAAGGCAAGGGCAAAGCGGCAGAGGACGACUCAGACGCAUCCAUCGACUCUAUGAUGAUGGACGUUGACGCAGGCGUGUCUGACUUCGAAGAACCCGAGUCAGACGUGCCGAAGAAGAAGAGCAGGGCGCCCGCGAAGAAGGUUGCACCCGCAAAGAAAGCUCCUGCGAAGGGCAGAGGGAAGAAAAAAGUGGAGUCUGAUGACGACGAAGACGAGGAGGAAGACGAAGUAGAGGAGCCGCAGCCGAAGAAGAGAACGAACAGGGCUGCGGUGCUAAGUCAGACCACAGCAAAGAAGGCUCCAGCAAAGAAGACCACUGCUAAGCAGGCUACAUUGAGCUUCGCUCCUUCCGGCCGGACGUCGACGAGAGCAGCAGCUUCACGAGCCACACGGAAGAAUGCUCAGAUGCUGGAUAGCGAUUGAGUUGCAUACACAAAUACUGUACUCACUCUUGCUGUCGACUCGAAACAUCAUAAAAUGACGAUUCUCCUUCUGAUACUGGCGCCGCACUCCGCCUCUUUGGCUCACAUCCUUUACCGCUGAGAAUUUUUGAUUCUAUGCCUCUGAUCGUAGGAGUUCGGGUACUGGGAAGAGUGGCGGGAGCAGGUCGUGAUGCUCUUAUCUAAUCAUGCCCAGCAGGCGAAGCGGAGCGAUGGAGGGCGCCUUCCGCUCUCUCUACCUGUUGUUUUGUGUGAGGGAAAUAAUACAAGAACAAUACCGU